UCUGUGGACAUGGAUGUUGGAAAUCGCACUGUCUUGACUGAAUUCAUCUUAGUGGGCCUCUCAUCAGACCCCCGGUGGCAGAUGAUGUUAUUUGGAAUAUUUCUAAUUCUCUAUUUGGUUACUUUGUCAGGGAACAUGACCCUAGUUAUUUUAAUCCGUAUUGAUUCCCACCUGCACACACCUAUGUAUUUUUUCAUUGGCAACUUGUCUUUUUUGGAUUUCUGGUACACCUCUGUGUACACCCCCAAAAUCCUGGCCAAUUGUGUCUCUGAUGAUAAGCGCAUUUCCUUGGCUGGAUGUGGAGCCCAGUUGUUCUUUUCCUGUGUUGUAGCCUACACAGAGUGCUAUCUCCUAGCAGCCAUGGCUUAUGACCGCCAUGUGGCCAUCUGUAAUCCAUUGCUUUACUCAAGUUCUAUGUCUGAUUCUCUCUGUACUGGACUCGUUGCUGGCUCCUACGUAGGAGGGUUCUUGAAUGCCAUAGCCCACACUGCCAAUACUUUUCGCCUGAGUUUCUGUGGCAGAAAUAUCAUUGACCACUUCUUCUGUGAUGCACCACCACUGGUAAAGAUGUCUUGUACAGACACCCACGUUUAUGAAAAGGUCCUCCUGGGAGUGGUGGGCUUCACGGUCCUCUCCAGCAUUCUUGCCAUCCUGAUCUCCUAUUUCAACAUCCUUCUGGCUAUUCUGAGGAUCCGCACAGCCUCGGGAAGACGCAAGGCCUUCUCCACCUGUGCUUCACACCUCAUCUCGGUCAUGCUCUUCUAUGGGUCCUUGCUCUUCAUGUAUUCAAGGCCAAGUUCCACCUACUCCUUGGGGAGGGACAAAGUGGCUGCCCUGUUCUACACUGUGGUCAACCCACUGCUCAACCCUCUCAUCUAUAGUGUGAGAAACAAGGAUGUCAAAGAAGCCUUCUGGAAAACAACUCAGAUCAUAAGGCCUCAGAGAUGA